GACUCUGAGUCUCACACUGGGCAAACAGGAAGAUUUAAUUCUCUCUCAAGUACUACGACUCAAAUCUGAAAAAAGAGCUGGAAAAUGUGUAAAGGAUUAGCUGCGUUACCCCAAUCCUGCCUGGAAAGGGCAAAGGAGAUCAAGUCUAAAUUGGGGGUUUUGCUGCAGAAGCCCGAUAAUGCCAUCGACCUCAUCAUCCCCUACCCGGAGAAGACUGAGAAGAAGCCGGAGAAGCUGCAAAAGCCAACUCCUGAUGAAGCUGCUCAGUGGCGUGAGAGUCUGGACCAUGUCCUAAGCAACGGCUAUGGUGUGGCUGCUUUCCGUAGCUUCCUUCAGUCUGAGUUCAGUGAUGAGAACAUUGAGUUCUGGGCAGCAUGCGAGGACUUCAAGAAGACCAAGAACCCAGUGAAGAUGGCUGCCAAGGCCAAGAAGAUCUAUGAGGACUUCAUCCAGUCUGAGGGACCCAGAGAGGUGAACAUUGACCACUUCACCAAGGAUGUGACCCUGAGGAAUCUGGUUGAUCUGUCCCCAGCAACCUUCGACCUGGCUCAGAAGAGGAUUCACGCCCUGAUGGAGAAAGACUCCUUCGGUCGCUUCCUGAGAUCUGAGCAGUACCAGGAGCUCCUGGUCAACUAAACAGGAGCAGGAGUCUGAGGAGCAGGGGUGGGGGUGUGUGGGGAAGUUUCAAACAGCAGUUAGUAAACAUGAAAAUAUUAAGAGACAAUUUUUAGCAUUUGAAUAUUUGCCAAUAAAUAAAUAUAAUUUUUUGUGUACGUCAGCUCAAGAACCGAUAUAUUUUACAAAAGAUACAAAACAUCGAAGGGUAAAAAAAAAUAAAAAAUGUUUCGAAAUGUAACUAAAAAGAAAAACUGCCUUUGAAAUAGCCCCACCUCCCCACCCAACACACACAUACACACACACACACACACACAUCUUCUGAAAGACAUAAGGAGUGCCCAAAAUUAACUAAUUUGUCAAAAUGGAUCUCAUAUAGGUAGAAGUACAGGACCACACAUGCAUACAUCAUCCUUGAGAGUCAGGAUUAACAUCAGGUUGAAACCAGUUUUCACGAAAAACAGAUGAACAGAUGUUGAAAUUAGGACACAAAGCUAGUUCUUCAACUUUUGGAUAAAUGUGCAAGUUAUCAGACCCAAUUGACUGCUGUGAUCACAUUUAUAUGUCUGUCUUUGACCUACUCUUGUAGUCUUCAGACACUAUCUUCUCUAGAAAAUCCAAAAGCAGCUCAAGUAGACUAGUCACAAUUUUGUAGUGUCAACUCCUACAGAAGCCAAACCUUUUACACACCCACAACAGAAAGCAUUACUGUAUGUACCACUACAUUUUGAUGUAGUAUGAAAGUAUAAAUAAGCCGUGAGGUCAAAUUAAUUGAGAUGGUGCCUUUUUCUUAAUUGGAAAAGGCAACUUCUAAGAGUCACAUUGUAAAAACGAAUCAAAUCCGAAAAUGAACCAACUUAAUCAUAAAACCAUAUAAAAAGAAGUUUGAAAUUGUGUGAAACAAAUUAACUAACACCUACAAAGAUUCAAAAUCCUUCAAAAAAACAAAACCUAAUCCAGUUUUUGAACUUCUUAAAGCCCCGUCUGUUUCCCUCCAUGAAUAAAUAAACUUCAGACAGAUGUCAGAGCGACUUUUAAGUGCUAUUUUGGUUUUCCCAAGAAGCCUUACAAGUAUCAUUGCCAAUUCCUGGAAAUGGUAUAACCUAAAAUCUUCAGUCUACUGGAGAAAACCAAAGAGAAAUUCCUUAAGAUUACACACAGUAUGACAUUUACCCAGUUGGCUGUUUUCAUUGUCAUUGUAAUAAAUAAAAAAAGAUGUAGUGGAGUCUCUACUAGUGUCAAUGCAUGAUGAUCACAUAACUCUUUUUGUGUGUCUCAUCCACUCUCUCACACUCACAAACAUACUAAGACACUAAGUUUGGAUUCUCACCAAACUCCCCCCCCCCCCCCCCCCCCCAGACCCACCCACCCUUUAUUUUGUUUGUGAUGCAUCCUGUGAGAGCCAUCCUUGAGAACAGUGCUGGCUAGUUGGCUCAGUGGUCGAGCUCCUUCGCUGCCACUAAACUGCAAGUUGCUAAGAUGGGAAAAUCAAGUAGGAGGGAAUCUGAGAAAAAGAAGUGAACAGAGCAGAGUUAUUUUAUACAAAGACAAGUAUUUUUCCCAAUGAUGUUGAUGAGUCACUAAAGAAGGGUCCAGACUCUGUUUUAGUGCUAAUUUAUCAUUGAACUAAACAAGACAAAACUAAAAAUAACAUGGGAAACAGAACUUGCAGGUUUGCAGCUGUAGACUGCUAUUACUAAUUAUGGAGAAUGAUCUCAUUAUGGUCUGUGAAGCCAUAGAGCACAUCGUAUUUAAAGUCUAAAAUCUAAGUUUAAAGUUAUUAUACACAAUUUGAGGAAAUAGGGUCCCUGCAGUCAGACUGUAAUGUAUGUUAACGUUGAUCGUAACACAAAAACAUGAUAGUAAUGCUCAACUAAUCUGAUGUUAUUUGUAUUUUUCAUGUUAUUUUCCAGGUUAACACCAUAACACUUUCAACCACAAGUUAUUUUUUCACAAUUAUAAGCUGUAACAAACCACUGGUAUUCACCUAUUUUACACUGAGUUAAGACAUGGAUGGAUAUGAUGGUGGAUUUGGUGUCGGUGUGCAAUGUUUAAGUGUCUUAAAUAUACACAGUUGAAUGUAGCAACCAUAAAGUGUGAUUAUAUUUACUCCUUAAUGUUUUUUUCUUUCUAUUUAACAAUGUCUUAACCAACACAAGAAUAUUAUCAUCUAGAUAUUCAGCAUUUUAUAAGUCCUUAUUGUUCUCAUGAUUGCAAAUAAUCCACAAACUCCAAAAUUGAAAGAAGUACAGAUCAGGAGAUAAGGAGUUACGUCUAUUUUCAUCUUAUUAGUUGGAUUUAUUUUUCAAAAAAGACAAAAAAAAAUUGGCAAAGAUACAACUAACACAUCUGAAAUAUAUCUGAAACAGUAAAUUGAAAUAGUAUUGACAAGUCUUUACUAUGGCACAGAUUGGCCAGUCUGAUGUCAUAACCUAAAGCAUCACAUGAGUCAACAAUCAGCAUCACAGUAAAAUCAAUAAGGGCUUUAACAAUGCUGAGUAUGCAUAAUCUGAUGUAGCCUUGCAUGUACGUUUUGGAGUCGACCACAUAAAAAUAUAUAUGCAUUCAAUUCCUGAAGAUGUAUUUAUUUUUACGUGUAAAUAUCUUCUAUUUACAACCAAUUGUGUCUUAAGUUAUUCAUAAAUACAAAAGUGGAAUCAGAGAAUCUUUGAAUGGAGAGCUGGCAAGGACUCUUCCCAAAGUCUUGUUACUGUUAUAAAAGAGGAAACAUCUGACUUUCAA